AUGUGUCCUGCAGCUCGAACAUCAGAGAAGGUGGGUGUGUUGGUGGUGGGGGCUGGGCCAACUGGUCUUGGAGCAGCAACUCGCCUUCAUCAGCAUGGCCUGCGGGACUGGCUGCUGAUCGACCAGGCAGAUGAGGCUGGAGGGCUAGCAUGCACCGACGAGACCCCAGAGGGCUUCCUGUUCGACAUGGGCGGCCACGUGAUCUUCAGCCACUACCAGUACUUUGACGAGCUGCUGGACACAGCUGUGGGCUCUGGGGAAGAAUUCUGGAACACGCUGCAACGCGUCAGCUAUGUGUGGAUCAAGGACCGCUGGGUCGCCUACCCCUUCCAGAACAAUAUCAGCGCCCUCCCCCAGGAAGACCAGAUACGGUGUUUAGUGGGUGUGGCGGAGGCGAAGGUGGCCAACGCGGUGGCGCAGGGCAAGCCCAAGGACUUUGACGAGUGGAUCCUGCGCGUCAUGGGCACCGGCAUCGCCGACCUCUUCAUGCGCCCCUACAACUUCAAGGUGUGGGCGUACCCGACGACGGCGAUGCAGUGCGAGUGGCUGGGCGAGCGGGUGGCGACGGUCGACGCGACGCGUGCAAUCACAUCAGUCAUCCAGGGCAAGGAGGACGCCGGCUGGGGGCCCAACGCCGUCUUCAGGUUCCCCCUCGAGGGCGGCACUGGCGCCAUCUGGAAGGCCGUCGCUCGCCUGCUGCCCAAGGACAAGCAGAGGUACGGCGAAGGCUACGCGGUUGUGAGCCUGGACAAGGAGGCCAAGGUGGCGAAGCUGGCCAAUGGGCAGAGCAUCCAGUAUGACGCGCUCAUCUCGACCAUCCCCCUGGACAUCACCCUUCGCUGGCUGGGGCAGCCCAAGUGGGCCGACACCCUCUCGCACAGCUCGUCGCACAUCAUCGGGCUUGGGAUCCGCGGCAGCUGCCCGCACGGCCUCAAGUGCUGGCUGUACUUCCCCGAGGACAACUGCCCCUUCUACCGCACCACCGUCUUCUCCCACUACGCCCCUAAGAAUUGCCCCGCCCCCGACACCCGCCUCCCCACCCUCUGCCUGGGGGAUGGGACGGAGACACAGGGCGAGGAGGCGCAGGAGGGUCCCUACUGGUCGCUGAUGUUCGAGGUGAGCGAGAGCGAGCUCAAGCCGGUCAACAACGCCACUGAGAGCUUUGCCGGCGGCUCGUGGGCAGGAGUGGUGCGCGAGUGCGUGGCCGGCGCCCUGGCCACCAAGCUCAUCAGCGCGGAGGACCAGAUCGUGUCCCUCUAUCACAGGCGCGCCACAGCACCUCUUCCCUUGCGGCUGGAGCACGGGUAUCCGACGCCUAGCCUGGAGCGGGACGGAGCGGUGGCUCAGGCGCUGCCGUGGCUGCGGGACAGCGGAAUCUGGAGCCGCGGCCGAUUUGGCAGCUACAAGUACGAGGUGGGCAAUCAGGACCACUCCCUCAUGCUCGGCGUGGAGGCCGCAGACAACGUCCUCUUCGGCGCCAAGGAGCUGACGCUCAACCACCCCAACAUUGUCAACGCCAAGAAGAACACCGAGCUCACCUACAGCGCCCCCACCUUCCUGUCAAGCCACACCUGA